UGUAGAAACUAUUGCUUUGUAUUUAAUGUGGGUGUUUUUUCCCCAUUCAUUUCAAUGCAGCUUAAUUCCAGCUAGUUAUACGAUAUCUUUGUCAGUUGGUCCAUCAUUUAGCUAGAUAAAUUUGCUGCUUGUUCUUCACAGCCGAUUUUUAACAUUACCUUAAAAUUAUUAAGCACUCAAACAUUUGUUGUUUUCAAAUGUCCGUAAUUUGGGGCUUAAACUGGUACUUCAACUGCUGAAACUGAAUCUUUGUCAGUUGGUAAUGUUAGCUAACGUUUCGUAAAAUGGCGAUUCAUCAGCUGAUAAUAGUUGUUGUUGUUUUUAUUUUUUUAUCACUUACUCUGAUCAGUACCUAUGGCUAUGCUAUAUAGAUAGUUAGUAAGCUGGUCCUUUGUCAGUCAGCUAAUCUAGUAUUGUUUUCAGGUAGUUUUUGGUGUAUGCUAUCUGGGAGUAAAUCAUUUUUCAGCUUGCUAACUAAACUGGUAAACGGUUCAGCUUACAGCAAUUAACAAUUUACAAACAGGUAGCACACUCCCCCUUAUGCUGCGUUCGAUUGCACUCGGAACUCGGAAAGAUCCGACCUCCGAGUCGGAAAAGUGCAAUAGAACAGCCCUUGAACUCGGGAUUCCGACUCGGGAAUUCGGGUAGGAUCCAGCACACCUUGAGAGGCGGGUUACUGUGGCACCAGGGUACUGUUACACUGACAGAGACAGAGAGACGGGGUUCAGUUCAGUUCUGUUGUUUACUGAGGCUGGACGGACACAGGACUGUUCAUGGGGUGUACGGUCUGUCCUGUCCCGAUGCCGUUACCAUAAAAACAUGACCCUGAACACCCAGAGAGAGAAGGAGCCCCUGCGGCGGCGAGGCAGCACGCCGAUUCCUCCCGCCCACUUCUACCAGCACCCGUCCUGGACUCGAGACCUCCAGGACCCUCGACUCCCCGGCAGCACCCAGCCGGACCCGGAGCAGCCGAGCCCCGAACGCAGCCACCCUCCUCUGGGACAGUCGGCAUCCUACCACCCUGGAGACAAGUCCCUCCACUAUCGCGCCCAGUGGAGUUCAGACUCGGAGGACGACUCGCAGAGCGACUCGGACUGUGUUUACAGAGUGGUGUUGCUAGGCGACCAUGGCGUCGGAAAGACCAGCCUGGCAGGAAUCUUUGCCGGGAUAACAGAGAAAGACGAGCAACCUGGAGUGGACACAUACGAGCGAACACUGACAGUAGAUGGAGAGGAAACCACGCUCAUCGUAAUGGACACCUGGGAGAAUGACAAACUGGAGGAGGACGACGACUCCUCUCAGGACAACUGUCUGAAGGUUGGGAGUGCUUACGUCAUCGUCUACUCCGUCACAGACCGCUCCAGCUUCGACGCGGCGGCUGAGCUCCGUAUUACGUUGCGACGCACCCGACAGGCUGAAAACCUUCCCAUCAUCCUCGUGGGCAACAAGAGCGACCUGGUGCGGUCCAGAGAAGUCGCUGUGGAAGAGGGCCGAGCGUGUGCCGUGGUGUUUGACUGCAAGUUCAUCGAGACGUCGGCGUCUUUGCAGCACAAUGUGACCGAGCUGUUCGAGGGCGUGAUCCGACAGAUCCGCCUCCGUCGGGAUGGCAGUGAGGCCGUCCAGCGCCGACGCUCUAUCUACAAGCGCAAAGAGAGCCUCACCCAGAAGGCCCGGCGCUUCCUGGACCGACUGGUGGCUCGCAACAACCAGCGCAUGGCGGUCAAAGUGCGCUCCAAGAGCUGCCACGACCUCGCCGUCCUCUGAAAAAACACCUAGAGCAUCGGUUCAUAUGUUCUGUAGCUCGUUGAAGUUCCCUCUGGUUGUCAUGUUGUGGACGAUGGCGUCUGCAGUGAUUCUCACCUUCAGCGAGUCGACAAAAGAGAUGAUCAGCAGCGAACGGAGUCAGCUGACAGUUUCGAAUGCAGCUCGUUUUCCUGUUUGACCAUUUGGGCUCAUCAUUUUUCUGACUUAUCUUCAAAAUGACUUAAAAAAACUGACUGUGAAGGACCAUCACUGUCGGGUUAAAGGUUGGAUGACUGUCUGUGUAUGUGUGACAGGUGACUGUUCAGGAUGUCCUGUAGUUUCCACUGUGUCCUCUGUGCUGUUUUCUUGAGGUUUCAAUUGUUUUCAGUUCAACACUGUGCAGAAUAAAGUCUUAAAGGAACAGUUCUCUCAAAAUCAUGAUAUUCAGACGAUCACUAGAGGAUGAACUUUUUUUAGGAUUCCUGUGACUCCUGCUGGAUUCCUGAGGGAUGGGAUUAAAUUUUACUGUUUAUCAUGGGACAGGAAUAUAGGUCAGUUUUUAAUAGACUCCAGCCCCACAAAAGUAUAAGAAACAGGGAUCUAGCCAUAGACUGUAUAAAUAAUGGACAUAGUCACUGUGACGUCACCCAUUUGUUUGUGGCCCUGGGGUGCUGGUGAACUGAGGUGUUAGUUUGGCUAGCAAAAAACAAAAACAAAAUGUAUGUAACUUACCUCAGAAAAAUUAACAGCUACUCCUUGGAGUGUCUGUUAGUCCAACCAAAUGCUGAACAAGACAUUUUUAAUGAAAAAAACAUUCAAAUAAACUGUCAUUAAGUGAAAACACAGUGAAAGGGUCAAAGUUAUGAGAUUGAACCGCUAAACGGCCUUUAAAAAAAAAAAAUAUAUAUAUAUAUAUAUAUAUAUGUAACUUUUUCUGCUUCUCUCCUGAUGACGGCUCGCCUUGUUUGUGACCUGUCAAUCAAAGGUAGCCACGCCCCAAAUCACACGAUUCUUUAUCUUCUGUUUUCUUCUAAAUGGGGCCAUUAUUUACGCUAUUAAUAUCAAAUUGUCUCGAAGAUUUUUUAGCAGCGAUUGAGACCAUACUGUUGUUUAAAAAAAAAAUCUAAGGUAAAAAAAUCAAGUGAGAACUUUUGUCAUUUUGUAAUGAAAUGAAUGGACCUAAAUACUUCUGCAGCUG